AUGGAUGCUAGUGAGAGCGGCGAUAUUCGCCAAGAAGCCUUGGCAAUUAUGAAAGAGAUCGCUUUCUCUGUCAAGGAUAUUCAUGCUGCAAAAUCAUUACCUUGGUUGUUCGAGAUAUGCUAUAUUAAUGUCAUCACUCAAGAGGGAAAGAAUUAUUGCAUUGAAGUGACAGCAUCAGGAUGGAGGAUUGUUGGAUACGAAAAUAAUAAAAUUGAUGCAGACAAUCCAUCUGACUAUUACGAAACAUUAUACUCUCUGUUGGAUAAUUACAGCCCGUUAUAUCGAGAAAGCUUUGGUCAGGCAGUCAUCGCGAAAUUGAAUAAAUUUAAAGAAACAGAUCCACAAUAA